AUGGCGACAGCUGAGGCAGCAGUGGCUGCUGCAGCUGAGGUUGUGCGCCUUACUUCACAACCUUACCGCUAUUUCACAAAGUUUGACAAGAACUUGGCUGCCAUUAAAAUUCAAAGCGCUUAUCGGGCGCAUCUUGCAAGGAAAGCAUUGCGAGCCUUGAAGGGACUGGUGAGACUUCAAGCCAUAGUUCGUGGCAGAGUUGUGAGACGCCAGGCAGCUACCACUUUGAAGCGUUCCCCAUCCAACAGAAGAGGUCAGGCAGAGAUUUGGAAAAGGAGCGUUCCAGCUGCAGAUGAGGGAUGCAAUGAAGGCGAAAAGAAACAGCUCAGCAGCCCACAAAGGGAGUUAGAAGAAAAAGAAGCGACACUUGAACGCAGCAGCCAGAGAGGGUGGGAUUGCAGUAUAAUUUCAAAGGAAGACAUGGAAGCCAUUCGGCUAAGAAAGCAAGAGGCCAUGAUCAAAAGAGAGCGGAUGAAGAAAUACUCAUUUUCUAUGCGGGAAAGCAGAAAUGUUCAAAUGCUAGACGGUUCAAUGAUCGACAAUGCAACUGAAAUGCUAACCGUUCAUUCAAAUCUAAGUGGUUGUACUGAUGGAAAGUUUGGAGGAUCACAAGUUCAACUGAGACAUUUGAGAAAUGAAGAUUCAAGGGAAGGAUUGAGUCCACAAUUUCAAUUAUUACCAAGGAGAUCAUUUUGCAAUGCAGAAGAGCACAAUUCUGCUCAACAUCAGCAUGACAGAUUGAUGGCAUCUUCUGCAGUUCUUCCAACUUACAUGGCCGUGACAGCAUCUGCCAAGGCGAAGACAAGGUCGCUAAGCACCCCGAAGCAACGCCUAGAAUUCCAGGAUCGAAAGUACUCUAAUCAUAGGUUUUCACACAACAAUAGGCUUUCUCUUUGUUCUUCAUAUGAUGCUGAAUCUAUUGGGAAGUACAGUAAGAAUGGAUGGGGUUCAUUGGCAGAUAUAUUCAAGCAAUAUCACCAUUAA